AUGGAGGAAAUAGACGAGAUUUUCAAUCAGCUGCAAGAGGAGAUGGAGGAUCUGACUCAGAGCCUGCAGUCGAUGGACCCUCUGACUGACUCCAAGAAAAACUUCCCUGGAUCCUCACGUCUCACUGUUGAUAACGACAGCGUACCAUCUGCCCCGCCUCCUCCCCCCUCAUCGCUGACACCACCUGCUAAUAUCCCCGUGCACAGAGUGGUCCCAGGGGAAGCUACAAAUGACCUCCCAGUCUCCGAACAUACGCCACAAAUCAUAAAAGUGUGGAUGGCAGAUGGCAGCUUCAAGACCCUGAUGGAGGAACGAGCUCAGACAGUGAGAGAGGUUCUAGACAAACUAUUUGAGAAAACUCACUGCACCAACGACAUCGACUGGAGCCUGAGUGAGACCAGCCCGGAUCUCCACAUCGAUAGGACCUUGGAGGACCAUGAGUGCUUAGUGGAGGUGCUCUCUACAUGGACCAGUGGUACUGACAACAAACUGUAUUUCCUGAAACGACGUCAGAAACAUGUCAUGUUCACACAGCCCCAGUUCUUCUACAUGUGGAAGAGGAAAUGCGCAAAAGCUAUCACUGAACAGGAACAACAGCUUUUGUUCAAGGAGAAUUUUGAGAGUACAACAGUGACAGUUCCUGAUCUUGAAGGAUGGUUGUUCCUAAAGGAUGAAGGAAGGAAAGUGUGGAAGCCACAGUACUUUGUCCUCAGGGCCUCGGGCCUUUAUUAUGUGCUCAAAGGAAAGACCAAGAGCUCUACUGACUUGGCCUGCUUUGUCCGGUUUGAACAAGUGAACAUCUACCAGACUAAAGGAUACACACACAAAUACAAAGCCCCCACAGAGCACUGCUUUGUGCUGAAGCAUCCUUGCAUCCAAAAAGAGUGUCGGUAUGUGAAGUUCCUUUGCUGUGAGGAUGAAGACUUGAUGGUGCUUUGGGCCAAUUCCAUCAGGAUUGCCAAAUAUGGAACAGCCCUCUAUAAGAACUACAAGGCUGCGGUGAAAAGAGCAAAGAGUCAAGACAACCAAAGAGUCACCAGUGUCGAAAACACCAAGGGGUCAAUCAGUACAGAAACACCAGAUGAAACUCCACCUGAUUUUGUUCCCCCACCUCCCCCUGGAUACGUGGCAGACCAGCGCAAAAAAUAA